AUGUCGUUGAUGCCUAUGUGGAUUAAGGCUUGGGACUGCUCUGCCUCGCCUGCAAAGAUCCCAAAAUUCCUGUUGCUGGGGUUUUCCUCACCCCCAGAGUCAAUAAAAUGGAGGCUCCGCUUGGAAAUCGUCUUGUUUGAGAGUGUGUAUGGUGUCGAGGUACAGGACCGUAUUUUCAAAGAAAGCACAGCAAGCCUCCAAGAAGGGCGCGAAGAAAAUUAUCAAGAAGGCGGCAGGAAGAGGAAGCGGUCCAGGAAAGAAAGUUACUCCAUCUACAUCUACAAAGUGAUGAAGCAGGUUCACCCCGACACCGGCAUCUCCUCCAGGGCCAUGAGCAUCAUGAACUCGUUCGUCAACGAUAUUUUCGAGCGCAUCGCGGGGGAGGCUUCCCGCCUGGCCCAUUACAACAAGCGCAGCACCAUCAGCUCCCGGGAGAUCCAGACCGCCGUGCGGCUGCUGCUGCCCGGGGAGCUGGCCAAGCACGCCGUGUCGGAGGGCACAAAGGCGGUGACCAAGUACACCAGCUCCAAGUGA